AUUAUUGCUUUUUAAUGGUUUAAACCUGUAAUUAAAAGAUUACAAGGUUCUUAAUAUCAUGAUUAUGUCCCAUUAUUUGUUUUCUCGGGGACAGGAGUGUAUUUUUAACACUGAGGACAAUUGAGGCACUUCCAACAGGAGUGUAUUUUUAACACUGAGGACAAUUGAGGCACUUAAUUAUAACACUAACUGCAUAUGUUUUGUUUUGUCAGGGGCUUUGGAGAGUGGUAUUAUUGGAGGAAUGGAAGUGAAAGCACACUCCCGACCCUACAUGGUGUCUGUUCAGAUUAACAAUAUGCACGUGUGUAGUGGCAUGCUUAUCAAAACAAAUUAUGUGCUGACUACAGCCCACUGUGUAGAUGAUAUUGAAUACUCUGGAAAGAACAAGCUGGAAGUGGUACUAGGAGCUCACAACAUCAGUCAAAAGGAGCCCCAACAGCAGAGAAUCAAAGUGAAGAAGUACAUCAAGCAUCCCUGUUACAAGAGCAAUGAACGUCCAAAUGAUAUCAUGCUACUGAAGCUGAAGUCCAAAGCCAAGCUGAAAAACAGUUCAAUAGCUGGUUGGGGCAGGACAAAACAGAACAGCGCUGCAUCAAGAGUCCUAAGAGAGGUGAAGCUCAAAGUACAAGAUAUCUCUGAGUGCAAGAAGCUUUGGCAACAUUAUUUUGACACAGACAGCAUGAUCUGUACUGCCCCUGAUGGAAGAGGUGCUUUUUGUAAGGGUGAUUCAGGGAGUCCUCUUAUCUGUGGAAAUGAACCACAAGGAUUAGCUGCAUAUACCUACCCUCACAACUGCUUGGACCUUCAGUAUCCAGAGGUCUAUACCAAGCUCUCCUACUUUCUUCCAUGGAUUAAAGAAAUAAUACACUAGAGAGAGAAUUAACACAGUGGAAGUAUCCACGACCAAAAUAUGGAAGUAAAAGCAA